CAAUGACAGAUAUCAAAAAAGAUCCUACUGACUGGGAAGAAAGAUGGCAACUUGGAAACACUCAAUGGGACGCAGGUAAAUCUAGUCCAGCAUUGGUCACCAUGAUGCAAGAUGAAGAAGCAAAACAAUUUAUCCCAUCAAAUGCCAUUGGUAUUGUUCCUGGUUGUGGUUCAGGUUAUGAUGUGAAAUAUCUAGCUACACCUACUCGACAUAUGGUUGGACUGGAUAUGAGCAAAACUGCUGUAGAACAUUGCCAAAAACUUCAUCCAGAUGCUACUGCUUUGAAUUAUGAAUUUAUUCAAGAUGAUUUCUUCAAGUUUUCUGUACCAGAACAAGGAUUCGAUUUGGCUUAUGAUUAUACAUUCUUUUGUGCUUUACCUCCUAUUAUGCGUGAAGAUUGGGCUACACGAUAUGGUGAAAUCAUUAAACAAGGUGGCAUCUUAAUCUGCUUGAUGUUUCCUAUUGAAGAAAAGGAAGGUGGUCCUCCCUAUGGUGUCAGUGAACAAGCAUAUAAGGAUGUUUUAUCAUCCAAUUUUGACUUGGUAUAUCUGAAGGAUGCUAUUGGUCAUGAAUCUAGGAUUGGUAGAGAAAAGAUCAGUAUUUGGAAAAGAAAGUAAUUAGAAAGUAGAUUAGUUAUGAACAUACUUUUUUGUACUUUUAAAACGUGCAAUGAAUGAAUAAAUUAUAUACUUUUUGUAUUAUUGUCUCAAA